GCCGUCUCCGACGCGAGAGGUGGGGCUCUCUUGCCGUCGAUGCUCGGUUUCCAACUCCCACCGGCGGCCGGUUUGGAGCACUUCUCGGUGGACUCCGGCCUCGUCGAGCGGGCGGUGCGGUCGUCCUGCUUCGGCGCUGGAAACGGAACAACCACUGCAAGCGCCUCGAAUAUCACCGCAGAGGGGCCGUUUGGUCACCACGGUGAUCACGAGGACGCGGAGCCGGAGCUCAGCUGCGGCGGCGGCCACAACGACGCGCCGAGUGCCGGCGCCGCGGCCAGGGACUGCUCGUCCCCGGGGUCGGACUCCAACAAGAGGAAGAGAUCAAGCGAGGGCGUUCUUGGGACGGUUCAAGAUCAAGCGAAGGCGUCGAACGUGUCAACCGAUUCUGCAACGGAGAGCGCGCGCAGCAAGGGCAACAAACGUGAAGAGAAAGGCCUGGCCGCGGCGGCGACCGGCAAGAGGAAAGGGAAGGGGGCGAAGGAGCCCGACGAGCCGGACAAGGAAGGGUACAUCCAUGUCAGGGCCCGGAAGGGGCAGGCAACCAACAGACACAGCCUCGCAGAGAGGCUGAGAAGGGAGAAGAUCAGCGAGAGGAUGAAGCUUCUGCAAGACCUUGUUCCUGGUUGCAGCGAAGUCACCGGAAAGGCGGUAAUGCUCGACGAGAUCAUCAACUAUGUUCAGUCCCUGCAAAGGCAAGUGGAGUUCUUAUCCAUGAAGCUAACGACGGUCAGUCUAACACUCAAUCUCAACAAAGAAGGGCUUCUGUCAAAAAAUCGACUUAUUCGCUUCCCUGGGGCGCCUUCGUCUGCUCCCAUCGGAUUCUCAUUCUCCCAUGAAAUGGUGCCCAAACCGGAGCUGUUGUUGCAAUCAGGCAUGUUCCAGGGAGGUGUUCAUGGCAUGGCCAACCCAGAUGUGUUCAGGACAGUCAUGCAGGAGCAACUAAAUCAGAAAGACUUGUUCAGAGAUCCUGCAUAUCAGAUGCCUCGCACUAUGGAUGGAUCAUUCCAUGAUGUGGUGCAAAUGGGGUACCGAUCCGUCAUUGGUUCAGAAGAUUUGAGCGACCAGGAUGGGUUUCAUAUGUGAAGUUCGGCCACAUGGAUGAGUUCCUUGAGAUCAGCAAACACAGAGACAAACACAUAACUAGCAUCUGCACAGUUAGUACAUAGUGCAGGAGCAGUACAAGUUUGAUUGCUCUAGGAAAGGCUACCGUUGCUUCAGGGUUGUACAUUGGGUGUUCAG